AUGGCCUUGCUCGAGUCGGUCUUCAACCAUUUGGUCCUACCGCCCAAGCUGCCCGGACAUCGGGAUAUAGACUUCGAGGCCAUUGAACAGAACAUUCUAACUCGCCUCAUACGUACCUGCGAUACCUUGGGCAAGCUCACAGGCCAACAAUUUAAGGAAACAUGGGCUUCUGUUCGCUAUUCCCUUCGAAUUUGCCUCAAUAUCAAUCCAGGCCGUCUUGAGAAGGUAUCGGUGCUACAAGAAUUCUACAAUCUCCAACGAAAUGGUCUCCUUAUCUUAUAUGUGGUGGAACAGAACGCAGCGCUCCUUGUUCGACGUCAUAUCCAUGAUGGUGUAGAUACCGUCAUCUUCGAAGUCUUCGAAGCAUCACCUUCUUCUGAAGACGUCCUCGCCGCCGAGAAUGCACUCCAGUGGGACUUCCCCGGCCGCGCCGUCGAGAUACCUUUCGACGAGUUCCUCAAGAAGAGUUUCCAGGAGAGUCUUGCUGCCUUUCUUGAGCAGGCGAGUAUGGAGUCUCUGAAGCGUUUCGAGGCGCGCGCUGUUAAGGCGAAAGUCUCCGUCAUCGAGGCCCGGGAUACCACCGACCCAGCUCUGGUUACGCAGAUGCUGAUGCCCUUGCUUGAGGCUGUCGGAUCCUCCGUCGAAGUGCCCAUAUUAAGAAAGCGAGUGCGGGACGAUGUCAAUAUACAAAACGCAGAGUUUCCGUGGAGAAGACUGCCGUUCUGGCUCGUUCUCCGCGUCGCCAUUCAGCGUCAGCUCUGCCUUGUCCUGGGAAACGAGCCUGGACGGGCCUGCUACAAGUUCUUCAUUUGCACUGUUCUUGCCCAGCUUCUUGAUGAUUGUGCUGGUCGGCUUGCCCCAGAGUUGACAGUGAUGCUCAGAGCCAAGUUGUGCCGCCGCCUUGCGAAGUUGGAAAUGGACAAGGCUCGGGUUUACUCCGCCUCUGCCAUUUACAACCAGUUCUUCGACUCGCUCGGUCCAAUGUUGAAGGGAAUCAUCGAGAAGGCUACAGACCAGGUUGAAUCAGCCUGGGCACACUUCAAGACAACCAUCGCUCGACCUAUCCCGGGGCUUCCACCUCGCGCUGAUGAGCAGGCUCUCCGCCUUUCCCUUCCAAACAGCGAAAAAUACCUCUGCAAUCUUCUCGCCCUACCUCCCUCACAGCGGAGAGAUCCUGCGUCGCUGCAUAUGCCUCCCUCGGGUGAUGGCACCAUAGAACAAGUCACAAACUUCACCGACCGCUACUUCUCCUUGGCCAGAUUGGAGAAAGGCAUCGAGAAGGAACGGGCAUUAUCACCUGAGCCCGUGGCAGACUGCGAAGCUCGCUGUGUACAGUUGGCAAAGUCGAUUGUCGACGUAUUCACCAUAGUUGGAGAUGCUUAUGACUCUAAUCCAGAACAAAUGAGCAUCUUCAUCUUAAAUCUAUUUGACCUCUGGGUCCAAAUGGAUAAAUGCGCUAUACGAGCCUGCCCCCUCCUCCGCGACUACACCCCAGUAUUCAACCCUGAGCUGCUGGAUGUUCUGCACCUCCCUACAUUAUCAAGCAUGCAACGCCUCCAAGAUAUCCAGAGCCAUCUCCGGAGCAGAUGUGGCGAUUGUCGGUUUGCUCACAAGACGAUUUUCAGCGAACCUGAUGGGAACUGCUUCGCUGCGCGAUAUGUAGCACAGUCUGCCUUGCUGCGCAGACUGCAGGAACGGAUCGAGAAAGCAUCGAGCAAGUCGCGCGGAAAUAAGGAAUCCGAAUGGAACAACGCUUGCCGUGAAUAUGACGACCUUAGCCAGGAAAUAAAGAGCGGCGUCUGUGUUUGCACGACCAAUUAUGAUGGAUCUCGUAACGUUAAAGGGUGCAAAAAGUGCUGGCGUUGGCGCUGCCGGAAAAAAAUGAAAAUCGGUAUCCACGAAGACUUCCUUCCCAAAGAUGGUGCUCAAAAAGCGGCAGUAGCGCUAGAGCUUGGAAUUCCCAGCUUCCUAGCGGCAUACCGAAAUGCCACAUUUAGGAUACUCAGCAAUCUGGGGCACCCGAGCAAGCCCGGUAGCUCCUCGCCACCGGCCAUGCUCCUGAAAGACUACUCCCAGAUUCAGCGAUAUAUGAAAUCAGCCAUGGAUGGUGUCUCGCUUGCGUCAGCAAAGAAAUCCUUUCUCCAGACCCAUUUCAAGGCGUUCAAAAUGAAGGUUGAUCUCUCUGAUAUUCUCUUGCCGCUGGGGCUAGACUUUGCAUACCACGAUGCCGAGUCUGGAGUAUGGCUGAGAAAUCUUGACAAACAAUUGUCAUUUCAACACCUUUGUGGAGUCCAUGUUCCGCGCAGUCUACAAGCCUCAGUCAUUGGAUCGCCGGUAUAUCCCGCUCCCAACAUCGAUGGGCCGUCAUCCUACGAGAUCGUUGCUAGUCAAACCAGGUGCCCGUCAGACAUCUCCGCUCACGAGUUCAUGAGCUAUCAAAGAUUGCUCUCUGGGAAGACUCGUCGGUGGCUGACCAUGCUGGUGGAGCUGGGGGCCUCCAACCUAAACUUCAGCGCCGAAGAUACUAUGCUCAUCUUCAAUCAUCUCGCCGUGCAAGCAGGGCCGGCACACAGUGAAGCCGACCUUUUGCGAGACGCUCACGUCGUCUUCCGGGAUCAGUCUUUCUGCCAGCGCUUGGCAGGACAGAUCGAUAACCGUCUUCGCAAUAUAACUACCAACUGGCGGGAGAUGCAUUGCAUGGAGAUGCUCAUCACCCUCAGCCUUCGACUUUUCAACUUGACAUCGGGCCGAGAUCGUCAAUCCGCGGAGAGGCUGCUCAAGGCCGCGCGUGAGUCAACUUUACAAUGGAUCUCCCACCUCCGUGACGAGGUUAGGAAUGCAGUCGAGGCUGACGCAGCAGAGAGGGCGGCAAGGUACGGAUGCUGGGCCGCUCUGCUUUGCCGGAGGACCUUCACCACCUUUGUUGACUCGGAUUCCGGGGUGAAUGCAGAGGAUCUAUGCUCUUUUGUCCAAGCCUCGAUAGCUCUGCAAGAAAACCUCGUAGUCGAUCUUGCGAAGCUCCCCUCAAUACUGAAAAAUAUGCUGGUCAGAGAUAUGAAAAUGGCGUAUCGCAUACGACGACUCAUCCAGACUUCUAUUGAAUCCAAUCCUGACAGCCUAGGGGCUGCAAUCAAUAAGACUUGGUCCGAUUCUAGCAAUUCCACUGGGAGGACUUACUCUCAUUGGCAGUUCCUUUCCUCCCCGAACAAGAGAUGGGUCGUUUCGGUCAUCACUAGUACGGCUAACAAGUUCAUCGUCUCUCAGGUAGUCCACCACAACUUCGUUGAGGGACACCUGCUAGUGGACGGGAAGCCAUUAGGGAGACUGCCCCUGGACAUCAGGGAAUCAGAGGACGUCAAGGAGCUUUUCGGAAACCAGCACCUUCUGACCUUCCCCUCAUCACUAAGCGGCAUGAGUCACGUCAUGGCAACUCGUAUACGCGGUAAUGAAGUCCAUUUUGGACUUCGCGGAAAGAGUGUGGUCAUUCGAGCUCUUGUCAGAGACAGUCUUCUGGAGUAUGUUCCUCGGCGCGUAUUUACGGACAGUGACAACUUUGAUCUGCCCUCAGGUCUCAUCGAAAAUUGCGUACACUGGCUUAAUCUCCGUACAAGGCGCCUGGAGAUCCGACGGAAACCUGUCAUAUGGAAGACUAGGCAGAGUGACUGGAUUCUAGAUGUCUCCAAUCGCCGGGCGCAGCGAAAUCGGGUUGUCUUGGUUGAUCCCCAUUCAGAUCUCUGCAAGCGCGUGGCUGAGAUCUUCCGCCACUUCGAGGAUCCCCGACGGUUGACCGUCUUCCAGCCCGCAAUAGGCACACUUUCGGUUGAGAUGCGGCACCUCGAGCUCUCUUUCUUUGUCAAUAAAAGCAACCUUCUUGAGUGUCGAGAGCUGAACGCAGAGAUCGAUCCCAACCAAGACGCGGGGACGCUUUACGGAUUCCUGAGCAAGAUAGUGCUUCGUGACGUAGCCGAUCCUGAGCGGCGAAGCAUAAUUACUCCACUGGGACAGCUGACUUACAAGCGUCACGGUAUGCAUGUUGCGGUUCGAGCGAGCAGCACCACCGAAUAUGGCAGGUUCGGAAUCGAUGAUGUUUUGGGACGGUUGUCAUGUCCGCCUGAGCCGCGCUUACUCUACUCCAAAGCUCAGUUCCAUGCAUUCACCUCAUUUGUUUUGCCGGAACCUCUCACCGGGCGCACUGGCGCAGAGGAAGCUCUGCACACGCUCAGAUCAGGCUAUUGCCAGCCCUGGACGCCAUUGAGCGACGGUCUUGCCUCCAUUCUGAGAGUCAUCGGCAGACUAAGCCCGGGUAGAGAGUAUUAUCCGAAGGACAAGAGACGCCUGCAGACCGUUACCUGGGACCAACACCUAACCAUAAGCGUUCAACACGAUAGCUAUGAGGGUCUCGCCCAAGAGAUACUGGCCAAAUCAGAUCGGCUCCGAGCCUUUACUGCGGACGAGGACGAAGCGAUAGAUUUUAACGACGAGAUCCCUUCUCACCUCCGAAGGCGCGGUGAAAUUCGGCGUCUUAUUUACGAGCGCGGCACUUCUGAUCCGGGCGGAUUGAUAACAGGGAAGGACAUGAUGUACAACCCCAGGGAUCGACAUAUCAUUUUGCCCCAAGCAACCAAUGUUUACCAAAUCGUGGGACUUGUUCGCAAGCGACCGUUUCGUGCCCAUAUGACAAGAAAGCUGGCAGCCAUUCUUCAACACUGGAAAUUGAUCGGUGGAUUUCACCAUACCAACUCAGAUUCACAAAGCAUUUCGAGCUGCCUCAGCGAUCUGAUGGAGAACAAUAUCGGCGAACAAUGGGGCAGUCUCGUGAAUCUUUGCCGACAUACUGAUCCUCAGGAUCCGUAUAGGCUAAUAUUUCGACUUGGCCUCUUGUCAUUUGGUACAAAGCCUGACAUGGACGCGAUCCGGUCGCUGGCUGCAUUCGGUUGCUUAGAUGAAUUGAAAGUCUUACAGCCACCAAUCAGUCCUUGCUUUACUGAUUUCAAGCUCUACGCAUCGCCAACGCUCGAAUGGCUUCUGAACUUCAUCGCAGCCGACUAUCCCGUUACUGAACCGGAUGCCAGAAGGAGUAAAAGAGAGCAAGAUCGGUUUCAAGAGAAGCAUCGGAUCCUGUGCGAGGCUGAAGGGAAACGCCUAGCCACCUUUCUCUUAGAGCAGUGGCCCAGCUCGGAACCAUCAGAAGGGGAAUUCGAAUCAACGGUGCUUAAUGGCGAGCUAGCCAUGGAAAGAAUUCUCCCUGAGUGGCAACACCUGCAUCGGAAUAUACGUCUUUCGGAGUAUGUUAUUCAAGCCCAGGAGAUCCUGGAUCGCUACAAAGGCGCGAACGGCAUGUCGGUACCACGAGCUUGGAACGAAGAACCUGCAGCCCUCGGGCCUAAACGUGGUUCUCCUAUUCCAUCACUAUCAGAUCUUCUAGUGAAAUGCGCGCCUCUUCCUUUAUGCUACUUGUCUCAUGGAGCACUUCUGAGCAAAGAUCUACCCCGAGGUGUACAUUCGCCGAGCGAGCGGAGCAAGAUUUCCCGAAAGCCUACUUCAUCCAAGGAGAUUGUUGAGCUAGGUAAGAUCUUAGAUUUAUUCGCCGGAUCCGCGGACGUUCUGCGGCAGCAAUAUGGAAAUGACCUGAAGAAGAGCCUUCUUGCUCUAGAGAACGUCAGCAACCAGCCGCAGCUUCAAGAGACGCCGCCAGGUGUCGAUAUUGUUAGAGAGGACAUCGAAAAGGCUCGGGCGGCUCUGAAUCAUGAGUUUGAACGCGUUCAGAAUACCUUCUCCGCCGAGGACGAUCGCUUCCAAUGGCUUCAAUUGGGUAGCUUGUGGCCAUGCACCACGCCGAUAACAGCUCUCGAACAGCUACGGUCAAGCUCUGAUCACCGUUUCGGAAGCAAUACGAGAGAAGGUCUGGUUUCGUAUGGCGUUCUAGCUACGACUUUGCAAAGGCUACUCCGUAUCAGACAUGCCCAAUUAAAAGGAGAUCACCAUAAGCUGCUUCAGGAAUGGGUAAAUACUGGCCAUGAAAACUGGAGCCCUUUGGAGUUCCCUGACUGGUUACUUCUUGAGAUUGAAAGCGAUCUUCUCAUUCGCUGUGAGCAGAUAGAUGUUGCACAUGCUAUUAUAUCGCCGGCAUCUGGAUCAAACUCUGUAUUACAAAUGAACAUGGGCAAGGGAAAAACCUCUUGCAUCGUGCCUAUGGCUGUGGCGAUUCUGGCAGACAAGAAGCAGCUCUCGCGCCUUGUCGUGCCAAAGGCGCUGCUCCUGCAGACUGCUCAAAUAGUUCAGUCUAGACUAGGGGGGUUAGUAGGUCGAGAGAUCAGGCAUGUUCCAUUCUCUCGCCGGACCUUGACCACGCCGAACAUGCUCCGACUUUACUCCGCACACCAUCGCGAAAUUCUUCAAUGUUGCGGUGUUAUUCUUACUACUCCCGAGCAUAUCUUGUCGUAUAAGCUCAGCGGGUUACAACGCCUUGCGGACUCCCGGCUUAAUGAAGCGCAGGAGAUGGUCACAUUUCAGUCAUGGUUAACUAGCACUUGUCGCGAUGUCCUUGAUGAAUCAGAUUUCACCUUGGCGGUCAAGACGCAAUUAAUCUAUCCGAGUGGCCCACAGAUAUCCGUCGAUGGACACCCACACCGCUGGGAGGUUGCACAGAUCCUGUUGUCUCUAGUUGAGGAUCAUCUCCCGGAUCUUCAGCGCGAUUUCCCACAAAGUAUCGAGGUCGCCAAACGACCAGGUGGAUUUCCCAUGAUACACCUCCUCCGAACAGACGUGGAAGACGCCCUGCACCACCGAAUCAUAAAUGACAUCUGCGACGGACGGAUUUCCUUCCUCCGUCUGACCAACUCAGCCGUACCUGUUAGUGGGCGCGAGAUCAAGCGCGUCUUAUCAGAUGACGAUCUCGACCACAAGCUCAUCGAGCAGGUAUCGACUCUUUUUGCAGAUAGAUCUUCGGCUCGCAAGAACAUCCUCCUUGUCCGUGGCUUGCUCUUGAACAGGAUUCUCUUACUCUGCCUGAAGAAAAGAUGGAAUGUGCAGUAUGGGCUGCACCCAAACAGGCAUCCUAUUGCAGUCCCUUUCGACGCGAAAGGGGUUCCAUCUGAGCAGGCAGAGUUCGGUCAUCCUGACGUCUCUAUCCUGUUUACUUGCUUGGCUUUCUAUUACUCGGGCCUCAGCCUAUCUCAGUUCCGCGAAGGUUUACAGCAUGUUUUGAAGUCUGAUGAUCCAGCAGCGGAGUAUGAUAGGUGGACUUACGGUUCUGAUGGCCUGCCAGAAGCCUUGCAUCACUGGAAUGUCAUUAACGGAGAUGACCAACGACAGGUCGAGGAACUCUGGCGUCACCUUCGACUCAAUAGAAGCGUCCUUGAUCAUUACAUGAACAACUUUGUCUUCCCUGCCCACGCUAAGCAGUUUGGCGUCAAGCUGCAGGCUUCUGGGUGGGACCUCCCCUUGUUCUCGAAAUCUCGACCGGGAGAGGAAACCUCGUGCGCGAAGACAACUGGUUUCAGCGGCACAAAUGAUAACAAGAUGAUGCUCCCACUGAACAUCAAGCAAGAUGACCUACCCAGCUUAUGCCAAACCAAUGCAGAAGUGCUCAGUUAUGUUCUGCAAGGCCGGAACCGGCAGUAUCACCUUGCAGCUUGGCAGGGAAAGCGCCUGACAGAGGAAGGGCUGCUGCGAAGGAUCGCGGGAAUGGAGAUUAGAAUUCUGAUCGACGCCGGUGCCUACAUCCUCGAGAUGGACAAUCGGACCCUCGUUAGGGCAUGGCUAGAUAUAGACACGCAAGCCAAGGGGGCUGUCUAUUUUGGUGCUGACAACAGAGCCUGGGUUCAGUAUCGAGGAGGGAAGGAGGCGGUCCCACUGCUCGCCACCCCUUUUGCCGAGAAACUUGACCAAUGCCUCGUGUAUAUUGACGAAGCACACACACGUGGAAUAGACUUGAAGCUGCCCCAGAAAGCUCGCGGAGCAUUAACACUAGCUCUCGGCCAGACGAAAGAUCACACGAUGCAAGCUGCGAUGAGGCUACGACAACUGGGAACCACUCAGUCUAUCGUUUUCUUUGCCCCCCCGGAGGUCCACCAGAGCAUCCUGGACGUGUGUAGGAGAAGGCGUGGGAAGGUACUUGAAUCUUCCCGUAUUGGUUCCUCUCACGUCGUGUGCUGGCUUCUGGAACAGACCUGCCGUGCGAAUGAGCACUUGCAGAAUCUGUAUCUUGCACAAGGAACGGAUUUCUGCCGCCGGACGGAUGCGCAAUGGAAAUACGUGAAGUUCCUCACGGAAAAUCGCCACCGAGAAGCCUAUCUCAGAGUAAUUCAGCACCCAGAGCGCCAGACUCUUGAGCAGCUGUACGGGGUAGUGACAGACACCCAGCCGAGUUCCGUCGCUGAUGUGCCGUCCGCGGAACUGAAGGGUUUCAUGGAGGAGCUCGGUGAGCAGAGACGAGCAGCAAACAGCAAGGGAGACCGUAUUCAUAGCUCUGUGUUAGAAGAAGUAGAGCAGGAGCGAGAAGUCGAGUUCCAAGUCGAGCAGGUACGCCAAGUGCAAAAACCGACGCACUACAAGGCUCUCGCAUUCCCUGGUCUGCAUCCAGCUGUCGUUCUCUUUGCUAAAACUGGCGACCUCACUGGUGGGCAUGGGUACGAACACGUCUUUGAUGCUCUGGCGCGGACGAGCAUCGGUCAAAAAUAUAAUGUUCGUCGCACGACGUCGCAGCUGUACGUAUCGGCUGAGUUCAUGCGCACCAUUGAGCUUGGAAAGCGUAUCUCGAAUGACAACUUCCUCCGCCCUGUUGAAUGGAUCCUGUGGAGCCCUUCGAACGGGACGGCCCUCAUAGUUAUCUCCGAAGAGGCUGAACUUUUGAUUCCCAUGAUCCGUGCAGCGAGAAAGCCAAUUGUGCACCUGAUUACGUAUGCUGCUCCUGUCACAAAAAACAUGCUGCACUUCAACGGACUCUCAUACUAUGUCCUCCCUCGCCUACCCGAUGGCUACACAGCACCCGACUGGCUCUCCAUCGAACUUGGAAUUUUCGCUGGCCGGCUAUAUAUUAACUUCCCGGAGUGUGCUCCUCUGACCAAUUACUUGCAGCUUGCGGACAAGACUGGUACAAACCCCCCGCAGAGUCGCUCCGAGCACGUCGGCAUCUCUACCAAGAAUCCUGUCGACUUCCUACUGGAGUGGCUUACGGUCUGCCGCAAGGGGCAAGACAUCAUGCACACGCCAAUGGGUUAUAUCUGCCAGGGACGGCCCUUGCACGAAAGCCAUCCUUUCUUUGCAGCGCGAAGUACAGAUGCUAGAGAGGUUGAAAGGCCUUUUGGAGGUGGAACUAGUGGCGAUGUAGACGAAGCUGAAGACCAGGAUCCGGACCUUGAGUAG